AUGGCAUCACCAAGGCCCACCACCACUAAGCAGUGGAUCCUCACCAACAAGCCAGCCGGCGAACCGAUCUUGUCAGGCCCUGAUGCUACCUGGCAACUCAAGGAGGUGCCUCUUCCUCCCCUGGAGCCUGGGCAGAUCCUGGCCAAGGUCAAAUACUUCUCCAACGACACUGGUCUGAGGAACUUCAUCCAGUCGACGGUGGCUGCGGACCGUUUCUAUGUGCCCACCGUGCCUCUCGGCUCGCCUAUGCGAUCAGGCGUCAUCGCUGAGGUGGUCGAGUCGGCUUCCGACAAGUUCAAGGCCGGUGACAUGGUGAUGGACUUCCACUUGGGCGUCUGGGGUGAGCACUGCAUCCUGAACGCAGACGAAUCUCAGCCCCUUGGCCCGCUGCCCGGUGGUCUUUCCCCCACACACUACCUGGGAGCCCUUGGCGCCUCUGGUCUGGCCGCCUACACCGGACUCUACUAUGCUGGCAAGGCCAAGCCGGGGCAGACAAUCGUCAUCUCGGCGGCAGCAGGUGCCACCGGCACCAUGGCCGUUCAGAUCGCUGCCAAGAUUCUCGGUGCCGGCAAGGUGAUCGGUAUCUCGUCGAGCGAGGAGAAGUGCAAGUUUGUCAAGUCGUUGGGUGCGCACGAGUGCCUCAACUACAACUCUCCCACGUUCAAGGAGGACCUGAUCAAGGCCACACCCGACGAGGUGGAUCUGUUCUUUGACAACACGGGAGGUGAGAUCCUGGACCUGAUGCUGACUCGGGUCAAGAAGCACGGCCACGUUGCCGUGUGCGGUGCCGUGACCAUGUACAACACCGAGGAGCCGCUGAAGUUGAAGAACUGGUUUGAGGUCAUUUCCUGCCGGAUCACCAUCCGCGGCUUCAUCAUGCUGGACUACAUGGACAAGGUGCCGGCAAUUAUGGGUGAGCUCAUGGGUGCUAUCGCGGACGGAAGGUUGCAGCUGGGCGAUGCCGAGACAAUUGUCGAUGCUUCCAUUGAAGAGCAGCCCAAGGUGUGGAUGAGGCUGUUCAACGGUGACGACCAGCAGGCCAAAGCCGGCAAAUUGAUUACCAGGCUGAACUAG